AUGGUUGCAAAUCGCCACUUGCCUGUGUCUCCUUGGGGUACAGCCGGCGCUGGGGGCCAGGGGCCGCGGUGGGAGCUGGGACAAGAGCUCUCGGAGCCUCCUCUGCAGUCUCCAGCCUCCGGUCCAGCCAGCUACCCGCAGAAACUGGCCGAGGUGCUGAGCAGCCAGUACGGGCUGAAUGUGUUUGUGGCUGGGUUGUUGCUGAUGUUUGCCUGGGCAGUGCACGCCGUGGGCAUUGGCAAAGGCGACCUUCUCUCCUACGUCAUUACCCUCAUGCUCAUCCAGCUCCUGUGGAUGCUGUGGUACGUGGCUCGGAGCUACACGCAGCGAAGGCUCAUUCGGGAGAAGGACACCCACGCGGGGGCCCGCUGGCUGCGGGGCAGUAUCACGCUUUUUGCUGCCAUCACCAUUGUUCUAGGUUGCCUUAAAGUUGGAUACUUUAUUGGAUUUGCAGAAUGUUUAUCAGCCACAGAAGGAGUCUUUCCAGUUGCCCAUUCCAUCCACACUCUCUCACAGCUACUCAUCAAGCAAAUGGCAAUGUUUUCUAGGUUUGGCUUGAUCCAUUCUGUAUUCACAAAUUUGCUUCUCUGGGCUAACGGUGUCCUGAAUGAGUCAAAGCACCAACUCAAUGAACAUAAAGAAAGGCUGAUGACUCUUGGCUUUGGAAACAUAACAAUAGCCUUAGAUGACCACUCACCUGAAUGUAAUUGUACAUCCAUUGUCCUCUGCUCCAAAAUCUCACAAGGAAUAUACUAUCUUUAUCCUUUCAAUAUAGAGUAUCAUAUCUUAGCCUCCACAAUGUUCUAUGUCUUGUGGAAAAACACUGGACGCAAAAUUGAAAGUCACCAACAUCCAAAAAUCCAAUUUAAGUUUCAUGGUGUGAUGAUGGGCACGGUUGUUGGUCUGACAGUGCUGGCCACCACCAUUGCUAUAGUUGUAGUAUACUUGAUCCAGAUUGGGCGUUCAAAGACAAAGAGUGAGUCUGCACUCAUCAUGUUUUAUGUCUAUGCUACGGUCUCAUUGAUGGUAAUGAUCAUAGCUGGCAUCGUAGGGGUCUGGAUUUAUAGGACAGAAGAGACAUCAUUGGAUGAGUCCAAAAAUCCUGCCAGAAAGCUUGACUCGGAUCUCUUGAUAGGAACUGCAUCUGGGUCCUGGCUUAUUUCUUGGGGAUCUAUCCUGGCCAUUAUUUGUGCCGAGAAACAUCCUGCAUACACAUGGUAUAACUUGCCUUAUUCUAUUCUGGUGAUUCUGGAGAAAUAUAUUCAAAACCUUUUCAUCAUUGAAUCCAUACACCGCAAGCCUGAGAAAUACAACGAGGACAUCAGGACUCUUAGGGUAGUGGCCAUAUGCAAUAGGAAUUCCACUUUGAUCACUCCUUCAUGUCAAAAGAGUUGUGGGAUGGCAGGAGAUGCUGCUUCCAAUGGCAGAGAAUUGUCGUUCAUGCUCAAUGGAAAUAUUUGCUUGAGAGAAGACUAUGUGCCAGAGGACAGAGAACCAAGUCAUGAAAACCACCCAGGGAUGGACUGCAGUACAAAUUUCUUGCCAGCUAACACCAAGAGAAAAAUCCUCAAGAAUAUUGCAGCUUUUUUGUUCCUCUGCAACAUUUCGCUCUGGAUCCCACCCGCCUUUGGAUGCCGUCCUGAGUACGACAAUGGAUUGGAAGAAAUCGUUUUUGGAUUUGAACCUUGGAUAAUCGUGGUUAACCUUGCAAUGCCCUUUUCUAUUUUCUACCGGAUGCAUUCAGCUGCCUCUCUAUUUGAGGUCUAUUGUAAGACAUAG